ACGUUGAAAGUUUAUUCGCUUGAGGCAUCGCGCAUCGUCACCCGACGGGAACACGGAUAAUCGAUCGUAACGGUCGCUGAUCAUCUCACAUCACCGAGAUAGAACCGCAGAAAUCAUGUCUGGCGCACAGGAAAAACAGCUCCAUGAGCUCCUCUCCCGCUCCAUGGUCGACAUCUACGUCGGCCCAGAGAACACGCACUGGAUCCUACACGAGAAGCUCCUCUGCUACCACUCACCCUUCUUCCGCAAGAUCUUUUACUCCAAGGCCAACUCUGCGUCGCGCACGCAAUCCUUUGGCCUCCCCGAUGAGGAAGAUGCUCCCUUCAAGACCUUUGUCGGAUGGCUCUACAGCUCCUCGCUCCCCGUCCCGCGCGAGGAAGCCGACCUAGGCGUAUGCUUCGACCUGUACCUGAUGGCCGAGAAAUUCGAGAUACCAGGCCUCGUCGCCGACGUCCUGCAGGUAGUCCGCGAAUGGUACAAGUACAGCGACAGCUACCCCGGUCUGCGUCGCGUGCAGUACGUCUAUGCCAACACCGAGGAGGGUAGCCCCAUGCGCCACAUGCUCGUCCACGCUGUUGCGCGCAUGAUGGUUAUCGAGAAGGGUAUCCCUGCGCACUGGGACAAGGCGCUGCGUAAGAACGGACAGCUUGCUGUCGAUAUCAUCAAGGCGAUCCAGGACUGGCGUCUUGAAGAGGAGGUUGUGCCUGAUGCGCGCGAGGAGCCUGCCGAGGCCGAGGACCUUAUCGAUGUUGAGCAGGAGACGGCAAAGUUGGAUGAGGAGGCCGAGCAGGAGAUUGAUGAUGAUGUCAGGGCGGAGCGCGCGGAGGAGGCAGAUGACUCCGAGGACACCGUUGUCGAGAGCCCGACUAAUGAGAGCAAACGCCCACAACCUAAGAGCCAGAAGAGUGGCAAGGAUGUUGGACAGGACUUGAAGAGCAAGGAUAAUGGCCUUGUCAAGGACUUCAAGAAGUUCAGUCUCAAGGAGAUGCCGAAUGAGAUGACCAACGCCGACUACGGUACUCUUCGCGCAUAGGCUGCGUCCACCGCACUCACUUUCGCCACUUACUUCACCUUUGGAUUCAAUUUGCAUGAUUUCUGCCUAUAGGGGGAAUAUAUAUCCGGCGUUGGGAUCUGGGGUUUCGGGACAUUUCUAUCUUCUUCUUCUUGGUACUUUCACUUCGAAAAAGAGAGAAUAAUGUCUUAGUAGCCUUUAUGGAUUAGGUUUUUGGUAGUCAAGUUUGCAAUUGUAACAUCAUUCAUCGUUAUA